GGAUACGUAGGACGUACCAAAGCCGUCAUUAAAACACUCGGAGAUAUCCAGAAACGAGCCCUAUGCCUUAUCACAGGAGGCUUUCGCACCACAGCAGCCUCCGCACUCGAAAUCGACGCCCAAGUACCACCAAUCAAGCAUACACUCCAACGAGCAAUCGAGAGCGCAUUCUAUAGGAUACGAAGCUCGCCGCUAUACCCACUCAUUAUCCAGCCUCGCGACCGAAUCCACUGCGCUAUAAUCGUACUCUAG